GCACCUCCACCUUAAUAGGAUCUUCGACGUCAGGGUGACACAACCCUUCUUUCCCCAGCACAGCGGGCAGAUCGGGCAGAUCACAAGCAGUCCACACCAGCUUCUGUGUCCCCGUUCAUCUUAAACAAGGACGCUAUCUUCUUUUACUGUUCAAGAAAGAAGUGUCUCUGUCAUACACAGGGGGGAAAUGCUCUUUUGGGUGUUAGUCCUCCUGAUACUUUGUGGUUUUCUAUGGAAUUAUAAAGGACAGCUAAAGAUCACAGACAUCACUGAUAAGUACAUUUUCAUCACUGGGUGUGACACUGGCUUUGGAAACUUGGCAGCCAGAACUUUUGAUAAAAAAGGAUUUCGUGUAAUUGCUGCCUGUCUGACUGAAUCAGGAUCAACAGCUUUAAAGGAAGAAACCUCAGAGAGGCUUCAUACUGUGCUUCUGGAUGUAACUGACCCAGAAAGUGUCAAGAGGACAGCCCAGUGGGUGAAAAACCAAACGGGGAAGAAAGGCCUCUGGGGUCUGAUCAACAACGCUGGCGUUCUCGGCGUGCUGGCGCCCACCGACUGGCUGACAGUGGAGGACUACAGAGAACCUAUUGAAGUGAACCUGUUUGGACUCAUCAGUGUCACGUUAAACAUGCUUCCCUUGGUCAAAAAAGCUCGAGGGAGGGUUAUCAACGUCUCCAGCAUUGGGGGUCGGCUUGCAUUCAGUGGAGGGGGCUACGCUCCAUCCAAAUAUGCAGUAGAAGCCUUCAAUGACAGCUUAAGGCGGGACAUGAAAGCUUUUGAUGUGCACGUCGCGUGCAUUGAACCAGGAUUGUUCAAAACAGAUUUGUCAGAUCCAGUAAAGACCAUCGAAAGAAAACUCACCAUUUGGAAGCAUCUGUCUCCAGACAUCAAACAACAAUACGGAGAAGGCUACAUCGAAAAAAGUCUAGACAAGCUGAAAGGCACUACAUCUUUUGUGAACAUGGACCUUUCCCUGGUGGUGGAAUGCAUGGACCACGCUCUCACAAGUCUCUUCCCUAAAACCCAUUAUGCUGCGGGAAAAGAUGCCAAAACUUUCUGGAUUCCUCUGUCUCACAUGCCAGCAGUUUUGCAAGACUUUUUAUUGUUGAAACAGAAAGUAGAGUUGGCUAACCCCAAGGCAGCGUGACUCAGCUGACCACAAACGCCUGCCCCAGGCUAUGAGAUUGGCUGAUUCCAAGGACACAUCUCCUUCUCCAUCUCAUUCUUUACCUAAUCCAACCUGGACUCAUUAAGAUGAUGCUUCUUUUGGUAAAAGAAGAGAUCCCACCGUCACUGAUGAUGUCCCAGGGUCCCUUCUCAAACUUUAUUUGAAAAGAUGGGCAGGUAUGACACCUGCCCAACAUUUAGGCUUUGCCUGCUUGGUAUGAUGUAAGGAAAAUGGGAAGGCUUUCCCAUCCAAAAUGAUCUCCACCCCUUGCCUGCCCCAUGCUUCUGGUCCACAGCACUUAAAAGUAACUCCUGGGGCUUCCCUGGUGGCGCAGUGGUUGAGAAUCUGCCUGCCAAUGCAGGGGACACGGGUUCGAGCCCUGGUCUGGGAAGAUCCCACAUGCCGCGGAGCAACUGGGCCCGUGAGCCACAAUUACUGAGCCUGCGCGUCUGGAGCCUGUGCUCCGCAACAAGAGAGGCCGCAAUAGCGAUGAGGAGUGGCCCCCGCUCGCCGCCAACUAGAGAAAGCCCUCGCACAGAAACGAAGACCCAACACAGCCAUAAAUAAAUAAAUAAAUAAAUAAAUAAAUAAUUUUUUAAAAAAGGGAAAA